GCCCGGGAGACGGGACGCCGGUGCCCGAGGAGUGGGGUGCAGGCCCCUCCCGGACCCUUGCCAUGGAGCGCCACCUGCCCAGACACGCGCUGCCGGAGGAGAUCCAGCAGAUGGCCCCCGAGGAGAAGGUGUGCAAGUACUGCGGGGUGAGCUACCUGAUUCUGCACGAGUUCAAGGCCCUGGAGGAGCAGCUGCGGGCCCUGAAGGAAGAGCUGGCCCGGUGCCGGGGCAGCAGCGAGCGCGAGCACUGUCUGCAGGAGCAGCUAUGCGCGCUGAGCCGGGACCUGGAGCAGGCCCGGGCCGCCAGCGAGGCCCAGGCCCGCAGGGUCCGAGAUGCGAACAUGCAGUUGCAAAGCCAGUGCGACGCAUUCCAGGGCACCCAGGAGGAGCUGCGGCACCUGAGGCAGGAGCUGGAAGCGGAGCGCGCCUCGUCCCAGGGCUGCAGCCGGAGGCUGGAGGCGCACGGCCGCCUCUGCUCCCAGACCCGCGCCCUGCUCGCCGCGGCCAGAAGGGAGCUGAGCGCCGUCAGGACCCUCGUGGGCACCGGGCUGCGGGACUCGGCCGUGCUGUCCGCCCAGGUGCUGCUGCUCGUCAGGUCCGGGAGCGACGCGGCCUCCACAGAGCUGCAGCGGCUGCGGUCGGGCCUGGUGGUGGCGCGGACCACCACGGCAGCCCUGGAGGAGCAGCUGCAGGGGCAGCGGGGAUACCUGGAGGGCCAGUGCCGGGAGCUCCAGCAGGAGGCGCUGGGUCUCCGGGGCCAAGUGGAGUCUCUCCGUGAGCAGCUGCAGCAGGCGCUGAGAGAGAGGGAUGAGGUCCGGGACCUGCUCACAGCCAAGUCGCAGGAGGCUGAGGAACGCCAGAGGCAGCUGCAGGAGCUGAAGUUCGAGUCCAUCCUCGCCGACUCCCGGCACUCUCGGUCGCUCAGAGAGAAGGAGGACUCCCUACUCACUUGCCAACAAAUAUAUAAAACUUUGCAGGAAGAACUGGCCGCCAAGGAGAAGCAGCAGGAGCACAGCGAGGCGAGCGCCCGGCUCGCGGAGAACGCGCUGCGGCUCACACAGACGCGGCUGCAGCAGAGCGAGGACGAGGUGGCCGCCCUGACCAGGGAAAGGGAGUUGAUGCUGGUUUCCCACCAGAGAAGCAUCGAGCAGCUGCAGGAGACUCUGCGGCAGAAGGUGCUGAGCGACGAGAGCUGGCGGGAGAAGAUCGAGGCGGAACUCGCCAAGGAGAGAGCGCGGCACGCUGCGGACUUCGAAGAACAGUCUCUGCUCUUUAAGGAGGAAGCAAAGCUGGAACUGGAUAUCGAAAAAGAGAAACACCAGGAGAUCAUCCGGAAGUAUGAGCAGGAGCAGGAGGAGCUGCGAGCCACGAUCUCUGAGCUGGUGGCAGGUGCCACGCGUGAGCUGCGGCUGCAGGUGAGCGCCCUUGAGGGGCGGCUGCUCGAGUCCCAGGCACGCCAGGCCGAGACAGCCCAGUCCAAGGAGCAGGAGGUCGAGAGUCUCAGGCGCCUGGUGGCCGAGGGUCAGUGUCGCCUGAAGGAGGAGACGGACAGUAAGGACGCGACGGCCCAGGCCCUGCGCGAGGAGCUGGCACACAAGACCCAGGCGCUGGAGCAGCUGACGCUGGCACAGAACCAGAUCCUGCAGCAGCUUAGCCGGGCCCGGGAGGAGAACGCCGUGCUGCAGGAGACCGUCCGGCGGGAGUGCGAGGAGCGCUUUGAGCUGACCGAGGCGCUGGGCCAAGCCAAGGAGCGGCUGCUGGAGCUGCAGCGGCUGGGAGCGGGGGGCCCGCCCCCGGCACCCCAAGCCCCCGCCCCGGGGGACGCCUUGUCCCCCGUCCCACCCAGUAGCCAGUGGGAGCGGGGCCCAGCCAGGCUGCCCCCGGUCCCCGGCCUGCUCCGGCCCCAGAGGGGCCCCCACUCUCAGCCUCUUCCCCGCCCGCCCCCCGCCCGGGGCCGCACAGCCUCGGUGACGGAGACACGGCAGAGGCUGGCCGCGCUGCUGCGGGGGGCCCGGCUCGGCCAGCGCUGA